AUGCCCUCUCAGGAGGUCUAUUCUGACUUGCUGAGUUUCACAUUCGAUGGCCCAAAGCCUUACAACCAAAAUCAACCACUGUUCAUUGAUGCAGAGGAUCCUUCUCGAUCAUUUACAGGUGUUCAAUUCCGACAACUAGUUCGGACUUUGAUCGCUGGUUUGAAAGCCCACAAUGUUCAGCCAGGAGAUUGUGUAUUGCUACACUUGGGAAAUAGUAUACUAUAUCCCGCACUGUUCUUCGGUAUAAUUGGCGCCGGUGGUGUUUACAUGGGAUCAAACCCCCGCAGCCACCCCCAAGAACUCGAGCACAUCCUCAGCCUCGCCGAGCCCAAAUUAAUCCUCACAACUCGCGAUGCCCUCCCCUCCGUUCUCGAUGUCUCCGCAGCCCGGGGCAUCCACCCAGCACAGGUCUGUCUCGUGGAUGAGCGAGCCAUCGACCACUGCGCACAACUAUUCCUAUGGUACGAACUAGGAUAUUCAUCGGCAGGACAAUUCUGCGCAAUGAAUGGCGACGCGCGUCACAACCAUUUCGCAAAUUUACUUUGCUACGGUGAAAGUGACUGGAUAAAAUUCGCCGACCCUAUCGUCGCACAAGCCACGCCUGCAGCCAUGUACCCGACCAGCGGUACAGGUGGACUUCCCAAAGCGGCAAUCCUGUCCCACUAUGCACUUGUCUCACAGCACCGCACCAUCUACUACGAUGUGCCUCAUCCAGUCAGUCGACUCAUCUCGCUGCCCAUGUUCCAUCUGUUUGGUGCCCUUUGGACACAUCUGUUCCCUGUCCGUUAUGGGCACCCGCUGUUUGUCAUGCCGCGCUUCGAGAUCAAUGAGUUCCUGGCUGCUGUCCACAAGUACCAGAUCUCAGAGACUUACCUUGUCCCGGCUAUCAUCCACGCUAUCAACCAGUCAUCUGUACCCAUCGGUGAUAUGUUGUCUUCGCUGCGCUAUGUUGGUGUUGCGGGCGCUCCUAUUGAUGGUCACUCCAUGCAGCAGUUCCGCAGCCAUAUCAACCCUAUGGGAUACGCUUGCCAGAUCUGGGGAAUGACUGAGGUCGGUGUGACAUUCCAGACUCGCUGGGGCCAGCAGGGCGACCCUGGAAGUAUCGGUACCUGUAUUGCCGAGUACGAAGCCCGCCUAGUGGACGCCGACGGCAAAAUUGUGCAGAGCGAUUGUUGCUCGGGUGAAUUGUACGUCCGUGGACCGGGUCUACUCAGUGCAUACAAGGGCCGCACGGACGCAUUGGAGCCACACGGGUGGUUCCGAACAGGGGAUGUGGCGUACGUCAAGCAGGGCCAAUAUUACAUUGUCGGACGGACAAAGGAGCUUAUCAAAGUACGAGGAUGGCAAGUAGCCCCAGCUGAAGUCGAAUCCAUCCUCCUCCAACACCCUGGAGUUCUUGAUGCCGCCGUGAUCGGCGUGAACAAAGAUGGUGUCGGUGAGGUCCCGCGCGCCUUCAUCGUUCGCUCUCGCGACCCAUCCGUGCGCCGCGUAACUGCGGAGCAAGUUUACAACUACGCACGCCAGCAACUGGCUACAUACAAAUCUCUCGAUGGAGGUGUCGUAUUCGUGGAAGAAAUCCCGCGCACUGCAAGUGGAAAGAUCCAGCGCUUCAGACUGUCGCAGAUGAACUCCUAUCGGGAGAUGGUGGCGUCCCUUCUAUCCCGAUUCGACGGUGACGGCUCCGCUGCAGCCACCGCGGCUCGACGUGGAUUACCCGCUGCGGCUGAGAUGUCGCAUGUUGGACUCAUCCCUGAAGGACGGGUUGCAGUCUAA